AUGUCUUGUUCUCGGUACAAUUCCUUCGAGACUUCUCCUAGUCCUGGUCUAGCACGAGUCAACUGCGCUUCCCCAUGGACCGAAACGGAGGAACCCGACAACAACAUAGACCUUGGAUCUUGUGGCGCCUUUUUCAAGGCCAAGCUUACCUUAGAUCUGAUCUUGGCUGAUCUCGACUAUGAAAGCCUUCAAGACGCCAUCGCCAUCGUGUCAUUUCCUUUGAACGACGAAGGUCCCCGUUUUUCAAAGAUGAUUGUCCCAAAUCUGAUGGACAAGUGGGAAGCGUAUGAGAUAGGCAAUGGGUUUAUAGGCACGAGAAUAGGGAAGUUGUACUAUUGCGUGCGAAAAUACAUCCACGACUAUAUGUUGAAGGCAACGUCGUCUUACCUCCCGCGAGCAUACUGCGGACUCCCACUGCUUUCAGAUGACUGCACAUCCUUCAAACACGAAACGCUUCAGAGCGAAUUUGAUUUGGGCUCUUUCGGCGUGGUAGGUCGAAGACGUCUCUUCUGGGCGUUCUUACGAUACGAGCUUAUGAGCAGAAUUCGUUUCUACAAGGCAACAGUGGACAGCAGCUAUACGCCCCCGCCCCGGUUGAGCCAACGAUAUGGUCGACCAUUUCUCUCAUGGGAAGAUGAAGCCAUCCGGUGUGUUCAAACAUAUGUUUCAAGUUUAUACGCGGCCCAUUUUGCCCAAUGGCACGGUAUCCAACUACCAGCUGACCGCAGAGCUACUGACCGCUAUCCAUUCCAAAGGAUGGACUGGAUAAUGUUCCAGGCCAAGAAGUGGUCCUUGCCCGGGCAGUUGAUGGGCAGGCUUGAGGAGUAUGGCUUUCGCUUUGUGACAGAUCUUAUAAACGACGCAAAGAAAGCGACAGAGGAUCAAAAGGGGCCAGAAUGGCUCCACAAUCUUCUAUGCAAGCUCAAAGAUCUGGAUCAAGGUGAGCUGGACGACGUGCACAAGCCACGUGUGACCACUAUAUGGGAAGACUUCAAAAAUGGCAGACGUGUUCCUGAUCUUUGUGCCCGAACGAUAUGGCAGGACAAUCGUCCCACCAGCGAAGCCUGGGAAUGUUACAGGCAACGCGCUUGGGUCUUUUUCGAUGAAGCACGACUUCAUCCUCAGCACAGUGUUUUGGUUGACCUGCCUGAGAUACCCACAAGCACUGAUCAUUCGGACACUGACCACUCGGAUUCAGAGGUUGGCCAUGUCAUUAGUGAGUCGACACGCAUACCAAGAUCAUUGUAUGAUGAUACCGACUCGUGGUAUAAUAUGUGA